AUGGAGAAGGAGAUCUCUACAUCAGCCAGAAUAUUCUUGGGAGUCUUCCUUUUUCUCUUGGCUGCGAUUGGCAUUACUGCUAACACCAUUGUUGUUACAGUUCUACGAUUUAGGAGUGACUUCAAGAGAAAGACCACGAAUACGAUUCUGACCAGCCUUGCUUCUAUAGGAUUUUUUGGUUGUGCAAUAGACAUCCCGUUGGCCUUAAGCACAAUGGUGGCAUCUCCUGCCGAGUUUCAUCGACGAAACUUAUUACUUGCACAAGCAGCUCUUGGUUCAUUCCUCUUUUGGGGCUACAUUACGUCCUUCUUCUUGCUAAGCAUUGAUUUGCAUGACACCCUAAGAAGAGCCUUAAAUAGGCAGGCUUAUCUUUCAACCAAAAGAAUAUCGAUGGUGUUAACACUUGCUGCAAUGCCUGGUGUUGGAAUCUCUGCAAUAUUUGUCAUCAAAGGCAAACACUUUAUUCCCUAUGUUCCGCUAGACAAAGGGCCCAUAUUUCUUACGAUUAUUCGAUCUGUAUUAUUCAUAGCUUUGGUAAUUUCCGUCUCUUCAAAUAUCUAUUAUUUUCUUAAAAUAAGAAAACUGAUUAAGAGUAUCUUCAAUGAUGUUGGUACCAGUUCUUCACGAACGAGGAGGAACCAGAAGUAUUUAAAGGGGAGAGACAUUUCCUGGACGGUGAUCCUUAUUAUUCUGGUUUUUUGUUUUUCAUACCUGCCCUAUAUGGCAUUUUCCAUCGUAUAUGUUAAAGCAGAGGUACGUUGUUCAAACGCCAUUGUCAUCUGUCAAUCGUUCACCUACCUGAAAUAUGCAGUUAGCUCACUAAUUUUUGCAAGAGCUGAUGGAAGGUUUCUGAAAGUAUUUGUUAACAUUGUUCGAAGA